CUGAAAAGAUAGGGAGAGAGGGAGUCAAGGAGGGUUAUAUAUAACCCGGCUGAGUUCUUUUUCCACCACUUUCUGAGCCGGGGCCAGAGUGAUCUUUUGAGAGAGAGAGAGAAGGGCCGUUCCAACUUCCAAGGCAAAAAGGGGAAGUUAUCCGGUGAAAAGGAGAGAGAGGGUUAGAACUUAGAGAAGAACAGGAAUCAGAGAGUUGGGUAGAUGGAAGAAGCCCAGGUAGGCAAGUCAUCAAGGUUUAAGAGGGUGUGCGUCUUCUGUGGCAGCAGCACCGGGAAGAGGAACUGCUACCAAGAUGCAGCCGUGGAGCUUGGCAAAGAACUGGUGGCGAGGAAGGUGGAUUUAGUUUAUGGAGGUGGAAGCAUUGGCCUGAUGGGCCUUGUCUCUGAAGCCGUCCAUAGGGGAGGCGGCCAUGUUAUUGGGAUUAUUCCGAGGACUUUAAUGGGCAAAGAGCUCACAGGGGAGACCGUGGGAGAGGUGAAAGCAGUUGCAAGCAUGCAUCAGAGGAAGGCGGAGAUGGCUCGACACUCGGACGCGUUCAUUGCCUUACCUGGUGGGUACGGCACGCUGGAGGAGCUGCUGGAGAUGAUAACUUGGGCCCAGCUCGGCAUCCACAACAAACCUGUUGGUUUGCUGAAUGUUGAUGGGUAUUAUAACUCGCUGCUGGCCUUCAUAGAUAAGGCCGUGGACGACGGCUUCAUCAAGCCAUUCCAGCGCCACAUCAUAGUCUCCUCUCCCAAUGCCAAGGACCUGGUCCAAAAGCUUGAGAGAGCUAUUGUUCAACACGUGACGCAGGAAUACGUGCCCGUCCAAGACGCGGUUGUGGCAACGCUGAUGUGGGAGAAGGAGCAGGUUGGAUACAAUUCCUUCCUGCAGGCUGAUAUCUCUAGGUAGCAGCAAUAGCUGCGGAGGGGGAGUAAGAAAAAAAGAGAAAAAAAGGACCAUUUGGGUUGGUUUUGUUCUUCAGUUAUUUUGUUCCCAGGCUUGGGAUGGUAGCCUAGUAGUAGUACUGAUGACUAAUUGUGUAUGUAUCUUCUUAUCCGUAUCCUCUUUUGUCUCUCGUUGUGAUCUGAUGAUUGAAACUGUAUAUGUACUACUGUACUACCACUACUACUAGGCUCUGCUACAUGGAAAGAAAAAAAAGGCAACCCUUUUGCUCAUUUA